GGGAACAUUGACAGCAUCGUAUCUAACAAGAAAUCAUUCUCUCCCCCGAAAGUAUCCCAGUCUCCCCUUUCCCUCACACAUGGCGUCCAAUUCUAGCAUAGACAUUGAGGGUGCGACCCAGCAUCUCCGGGACAUCCUCAAGCUCGACCGUCCCGGGAACGGCACCGAUGCAUCAAGUGAUGGCCAGAGAUUGCCGUCUUUUAAUGGAGAGCUGAACGGGUUAUUAGGAGCAGCAGGCCUUCUGGGAAGCACUGAUCGGUCAACCAUGUCAGAAUCUAGCAGACCGCUCUCCACAGACAUCAGCGCACAGGAAACUCAGAUAAUCUGCCUUUCCGGUGAUGAUGGCUCCACCUGCAUGCCCAUCACCUCCAACAGUGUGGAGAUUGUGGCGAGUCAAGAUUCCAGCAUCAACAGCAAGGCUCGUGGCAGCAACCAGGUGAAGAUUCAACCUGUUGCCAAGUACGACUGGGAGCACAAGUACUAUUAUGGCAGACUGAUAGCUGUGUCUAACUCGUUCCUGGCCUAUGCCAUCAGAGGAGCCAAUAACCACGCGAUGAUUCGUGUCUUGAGUGUGAGUUUUGGUGAGCGCUCCCUACUAAAGGGCUUCACUGGAGCUGUCACAGAUCUGGCUUUUGCCCACCUUGACUCCUCCCUGCUGGGUUGUGUAGAUGAAGCGGGCAACCUGAUGGUCUGGCAGCUCACCUGCACUGGAAGCAAGAUACUUGAUCAGGUGGUGGUUCAUAUCCGUCGGCCAGAAGACACCCCACUGAACUCCCACCGUCGCCUCAUUUGGUGCCCGUUUAUUCAGGAUGACAAUGAGGAGAACCAGGAUGACACUAGCCAGACCUUAGCCCUUCUGCAUGAAGACAGGGCGGAGGUGUGGGACCUGGAAGUUCUGAGAGCCAACAAUAGCAGUUGGCCCAUCGAUGCCACAGAUCUAAAAGAAGGCCUCAUCACAGUCAAGGGACAUACCCAGCGAGUGAGUGAAGGGGCCCUGUCUCCAGAUGGUACCGUGUUAGCCACAGCCAGCCAUGAUGGAUAUAUCAAGUUCUGGCAGAUAUACAUAGAAGGGGGACAGGACAAGCCAAGAUGUCUUCAUGAAUUGCGGCCUCAUGGUGGACGUCCCCUCUCCUGCCUUCUUUUCUGUGACAAUCACAAGAGGCAGGACCCAGAGGUUCCUUUCUGGCGGUUCCUGAUAACUGGAGCGGAUCAGAACCAGGAGUUGAAAAUGUGGUGCACUGUUUCCUGGACCUGUUUACAGACCAUCAGGUUUUCUCCGGAUCUGUUCAACUCAUCAGUUUUGCCAAGUCUGAAGGCCAGUCUGGACCUCUCUGCUGAAUAUCUCAUCCUCACUGAUGUACAGAGGAAGGUUCUGUAUGUGAUGGAGCUGCGGCAGGACCUGGAGAAAGGCAAGGCCACAUUCACCGCAGUUUCAGAGUUCCUGCUCACCCACCCUGUGCUCAGCUUUGGUGUCCGGGAUGUCUCCCACAGCCGAUUGCGACACACAGAGGUUCUACCUGCAGAGGAGGAGAGCGAGAGCCUGACAACAGAGGGCACUCAAGGACCCACAGAGUCCAAGUCUGGGAUUCAAAUUAAACUCUACUGUGUUCACACCAAGAGUCUGCAGGAUGUCCAGAUCUGGUUUCAGCCCAACUUGGGUUCCAGCUCAGCAGUCUUCCUGCCCCACUCUGAUUCUCAGGAUGGUUUUGCAGGGUUUUCAGACCAUCUUACUGACCAGAGCUCUGACAAGGAGUCAGGAAGUGGCUCACAGACCGACCUUAGGAAGAUCCCAUCGCUUCCUGCUCCCACUGACUUCCUGUCAAACUCGGGUACCAGCAGCGGGACGAUGCCGAAGCUGAUGACUCCUGACGCCUUCAUGACACCAAGCACUUCAGUACCGGCAUCUCCUGGAAGCAGCGCCAGCAGUCUCACCAUCGUGACAGCUAUCAGUAGCAACUCUGAUUCAACUAACAGAGCUAUGGACGAUAUCAGUCAGAGUCCUAACAGAGCAGAGAACAACAACAGCAGCAGCAGUCUGGCACUCUCCACUUCCACCAGCAGCCCAAGAGCUGCUUCUGCUGUGCUGCUGCCUGGACUGGAGAACCUCCAGGCUUUAGCAUCCCCUAGUGGUCCUCUUGCACUGGACAGCCCUCAGGUUCUGGAUUCUCCCCUCCUACCACCUCUGGCCUCUCCGACCAGGGCCCGCUCUCCUGACGUCAUCUCCUCAGCCUCCACAGCCAUGUCCCAGGACAUGCCAGAGAUUGCAUCACAGACCCUGCAGCUUCAGCGUGGACUAGUGUCUAGCUUGGAGCCCUUACCUCUGUCUGCUCUCCAAACAGACAGCAUGGCCUCUGCUGCAUCUGCCCUGCACCUACUCACCUCACCACGAACAGCCAAUAACAGCUUGUUGCCCCUCGAACUUGGAGGUGCAGACGGGCCAGUGGGUGGGGCAGUUGAGUCAGAGCCCAGACUCAGCCACACCCCAUCUCUUCUUGAGAACGCCUUAUCACAGGAGAACCCUGGAGUUGGAGGAGGAUCCUCAGAUGGUAGUGUUAGCCACACACCGUGGCCAGCCGCACCCGACAUCACUAGAGAAACCAGGAACAGUCUCAGGGACAAUGGUCUUGGCGACUGUUCAAGAGAGGAGUCGAAGGACAGACACCUGAGCUCUCCUUACCAUCGGCGCUCCUAUCACCUCACACAGAACGACAGUCAGGAUGCUGGAGCAGAGCAGAGUGAUCCUGAUGAUGAGGUGGCCAGCCUGGCAUCAUCCUCAGGGAAUUGUGGCACUCGCUCUUCUCAUAGACUACCGGUUAAGGAUUGGAAGACCUCACCGCGAGGUUCGCCAAAACUAAAGAGGAAGACCAGGAAAGAUGAUGGUGAAUUGUCUCAGUCCAGACAAAUGGACUCUGGUCAGAUGAAUGUGGAAGUCCAGGAAGAGUUGUUGAUGCUCCUGCGUAGCCAGCAGAGGGAGUUAACUGAACUGCGUGGACAGAUAGAAGCCAUGCAGACCUCCGUUUUGACACAGGUAGAGCAUGUCCUGACCAACCACCAGGAACAAGAACAACGCAGACUAGAGAGAGUUCUGGCAGAGAGUCAGAAUCAGCAGCAGCAGCUUCAAGAGGAGCUCAGCCAGCAGCUCAGCCACACCCUCAGCUCAGUGCUAACCAACAGAAUGGACAAAGUGCUACGAGAGGAAAUGAAGAAAACAGUCCCACAAACAAUCUCAAAGAGUCUGGAGCCAGUGACAGGUCACCUGAGCAAUACAAUUGCUGCUAAGCUGACCGCUGUGGAGGUUACCCUGAAGGACAAUGUCAGUAAGGUGGUCAAAUCAAAGAACACAACAGACGCAAUUGGUCGAGCAGCAGCUGAAGCGAUGCAAGGGCCCAUCCAGGCAGCCUAUAAAGAUGCCUUCCAAAGCAUCGUGCUGCCCGUUUUUGAAAGGAACUGCCAGUCCAUGUUUCAACAGAUCAAUGACAGCUUCAAACAAGGCACACAGGAAUACAUCCAGCAGCUUGAGACCCAUAUGAAGAACAGGAAGCAGAGAGAGCAGGAGGCACGGGACCCUAUGAUUGGCCAGCUUCAGCAGAUGAUCGACAGCUUCCAAAGCUCCACCGACCAGCUGACCAAUAACAUCACAGCUAAUGUCCGGGCAGACGUCCAGCACCAGAUCCAGAUGAUGGUGGGAAAUUUGCAGGAAUCUAUUCUUAGCCAUGUGCAGCGAAUUGUCAAAGUGGAGGUGAGCCUUGCAAUGAAGGAGCAGCAGGCAGUGGUCACCUCCAGCAUCAUGCAGGCAAUGAGGUCAGCGGCUGGGACACCCGUCCCCACAGCACACCUAGACUACCAGACACAGCAGGCCAACAUCCUGCAGCUCCUCCAGCAGGGCCAGCUCAACCAGGCUUUUCAGCAGGCUCUGUCAGCGACAGAUCUGAACCUGGUCUUGUAUGUGUGUGAGACCAUCGACUCUCAGCAGGUCUUCGGUCAGCACCCCUGCCCUCUCAGCCAGCCUGUGCUGCUGUCGCUCAUCCAGCAGCUCUCCUCCAACCUUACAACCCGCUCUGAGCUCAAAAUCAGCUACUUGGAGGACGCAGUGAUGAAUCUGGACCACGGCGACCCGCUGACAAGAGACCACAUGGCCGCCGUGCUGGCCCAGGUCAGACCGAAGCUCUUCACCUUCCUGCAGCAAGACCCCCACAGCCCGCUCAGCAAGAGGGCACGACGCCUGAUGAUGAUGCUGCAGGGUCUCGUCAACCACUAGUCCUUCAUUUAAGGUGAAAGGUGAAAGCUCCUAAAGACUGAGUUUGAAACCUCUCACUAGGUUCAAGAAGAGGGUUUCCUCCAAGCCCAUCUGUCCCUCCACACAACCCUAAAUCCAGCUCUUUCUUUCCCUGUUCGAUUUGUUCUCGUUCCCCUCCCUGUUCUACCUGCACCAGUGAAGUGUCAAGUUAGGAAAUAGAAUCUGUUUUUGUUCCUUUUUUCCCCCUGGACAGACCUUCAGUGCAAGACAAUAAUGGUCUGGACGACUCAGAAGCUCACCGGAGAUUCUUCCAGACCUUUGUUACUGCUGCUUUCCCCCCCUGCCCAAAAGGCAUUCUGGUGGUCUCUCCUCCUUUUAUCCCCACCAAGAAGCAUAAGACUGUCUUAGAAAGGACAGCCAGAGAGCCUGAGAUUUCUGGUCAUCCUCGUCUCCCAGACACACUGUACCUGACACCGCUUUGAUGUCAUUUCAUCCUAAUGGGCAUAAGACUCAAAGAAUGUUCAGCUGUGUGGUCCACAAGACCAAACAAUGCUGUUUCUUUUGUUCUACUUGUGUUCCUCUGACCUGUCAGUCAGACAUGCGGGGGCUUCUUCCAAGCAACAGAAGUAACAAAAGUAGGCUAAAAGAAGACAUGUUUCGCCUCAAAAUGUCACCUUAUCUAUCGUAUCUUGGCCUUAAGAGCAAACAGCAGGCUUGGACACAUUUUUUUUUUUAAAUACAAACCAGCAUCCUCACUAGAGCCAACUUGGAAUUCAGUUGCUGCAGGAUUACAUUGUCCUCAGUUCAGUUCUUUUAAACAACCAAGCUAAUCCCAGCAACCAAAAGUAUGUAACAUCCAAAGCCAUUUUAUGUUGGUUGCAUAUUUCCUUUCAGUGAUUUCUUAAUAGGUUAAAGACGACAACCUUGCCAGGCCAAGUCUUUCUCAGUGCUUUGAAGAGGAUCAACACAUUGAGUUGUUUUACCGAAAAGUUAAUAGAAUUUAUUCCUGUGUUUGAAGUGUUCAGGAUGAAAAGCAUAUCUCAUUAUACUUUUUCCACCUGGCCUUGUUUCCGCAAUUCAUUCUAAUGAGGCUUUUGGAAGGAUACAAGAUUAAAGGAUGAGAAAUAACAUUUUUCAAAUGUGACAAAUAUUUGCAAAGAUCCUCCAGGCUGAAAAGAAUUCGCCUGUAAAAUCUGAAAUGUUUGGAGACCAGCAUUGAGUUUGGCAGCCGUCCAUGUGUACAGCUCUGUCCUGUAAAUUGAUAGACUUCUCCCCAUGUUUUCUUCUGUAUGUCAGACCCUUUUUUAUAUAAACAUUUAGUAUUUGUAAGACUUGUAUACUUGCUUUAAGAGUUGUCAAACUAGUUAAAAUACAUAAUAAAUCACUUCUUAAACAUACUGGUUACUGAUGUUAUUUUAUCAGGAUGUUCCAAAUAUUGUUUGUAAACUUAAUGUGCAGUUACUUCUCAUAGACUGUGGGAGGCAGCACUUAGUUGGACUGCAGAAAUUCACCCUGCUCGUUUAGGUUUUCAGUUCAGAAAUCAUUCCUGCGCUUGUAGUAUCUGUUUAACCAAACAUUGAAAAGCCUGCCUCCAGGUUGUAAAUGCACCCUUUGUUCAUCUUUAAAGUGUGAUGAAAGUGUAUGAUAAUUUGUGUACAGCUCAUUUACACACAUAUUUGACUUGCGGGGGUGGCCAGCCCGUUUUGCUGAUUGUAAAAUAAAAGUUCUGUUAAUUUGACCUCUGUGUUUAGAAUCUCUUAAGUUGGAUUUGUCUAGCAAGUGCCUUAUUGCAUUCUACAUGUUUUACUUUAACAUUUGAUCCCGUAUAAGCCUUUAGAGAACUAAUGUUCAAGCGUUAUCCCAUAGCAGUUCCAUUUAACCUUUGCAAGCAUUUAUGUCAUUGAGAGGUCAUUUUGGCUGGAACUGGAGUUGAUCUCACACAGCAGAGGAGAUUCUGUGUGUUUCGUUUGCAAACAUUUGGCUACCAAGCCAGUUGAUUGGAUACAUAUUUGAAUGCUCAUGCAGCAGAAAGAGAUGCACUGUUUUGACCACCUUUACCUUUCGGUUACACACCCUGGUUUAUUGUCCUCUGAGUAGAAGUACAGGUUGACUCCUGCUUUACCGCGAGUGGGAGCUGUGUGUGAGAAACAUGACUGUGUACGUUAUUUUUAAUUUUUUUUGGCUUUCCAUUGUGUUCAUUUCCCUCUGCUUGGAUGGUUAAGUUGUAUCUUUUACAGUUUCUUUUACCCUAAACAUUUUGGAAUAAAAAGACUUGCUCAAUU